AGGGAGCGGUCAGUGGGCCCGCACAGUGUCCGUGGGAUUUGAGGCCGGGCUGCUGCGGCCGCCUCCUUCUGGUGCCUGGGCCGCCCUGAUUAAGUGGGGCCGGGGCACGGCCGGUUGACCGGCCCCGGGGAGUCGAGAUCACUGGAGGCGAAGGCGGAGGCGCACGUCUGGAGAUCUCCCCGGACCGGGAGGAGGCCGAGGGGAUCAUGUCCGGGAGGAACCUCCACCUCUCCACCACCGAACGCGUCAUCAAAGCUGUCCCCUUUCCUCCGACCCAGCGGCUUACUUUGAAGGAAGUGUUUGAGAAUGGGAAACCUAAAAUUGAUGUUUUGAAAAACCAUUUGGUGAAGGAAGGGCGACUGGAAGAGGAAGUAGCCUUAAAAAUAAUCAAUGAUGGGGCUGCCAUACUGAGACAAGAGAAGACUAUGAUAGAAGUAGACGCUCCAAUCACGGUAUGUGGUGACAUUCAUGGACAGUUCUUUGACCUGAUGAAGUUGUUUGAAGUUGGAGGGUCACCUAGUAAUACACGCUACCUCUUUCUGGGUGACUACGUGGACAGAGGCUAUUUCAGUAUAGAGGUAAAUAUUAAACUGGAUAUAUUGGAACUAUCAUAUUGUAUUCUUAAAAAAAUUUUCUGUCGAAUCAAAUACUCUGAACAGGUGUAUGAUGCAUGUAUGGAAACAUUUGACUGUCUUCCUCUUGCUGCCCUCUUAAACCAGCAGUUUCUCUGUGUACAUGGAGGAAUGUCACCUGAAAUUACUUGUUUAGAUGACAUUCGGAAAUUAGACAGGUUUAAAGAACCUCCAGCCUUUGGGCCAGUGUGUGACCUGCUUUGGUCUGAUCCCUCCGAGGAUUAUGGCAGUGAAAAGACCUUGGAACACUAUACCCACAACACUGUCCGAGGGUGCUCUUAUUUUUACAGUUACCCUGCAGUUUGUGAAUUUCUGCAGAACAAUAAUUUGCUCUCAAUAAUCAGAGCCCAUGAAGCCCAAGAUGCCGGGUACCGAAUGUAUAGAAAGAGCCAAACGACGGGCUUUCCAUCGCUCAUUACGAUUUUCUCUGCACCCAAUUACCUCGAUGUCUAUAACAACAAAGAGUCUGCGACACUCACAGAGAUGCUGGUUAACAUUCUCAACAUAUGCUCUGAUGAUGAAUUGAUUUCCGAUGAUGAACUUGAAGAUCACUACAUUUCAAGCUUUCAGAAAGGAGGCACUACAGUUCGCAAGGAGAUCAUCAAAAAUAAAAUCAGAGCUAUUGGGAAGAUGGCACGGGUCUUUUCAAUUCUUCGGGAAGAGAGUGAGAGCGUGCUAACUCUCAAGGGCCUGACUCCUACGGGGACACUCCCUUUGGGUGUCCUCUCAGGAGGAAAGCAGACCAUUGAGACAGCCACAGUAGAAGCGGUACAGGCUCGGGAAGCCAUCAGAGGCUUUUCGCUUCAGCACAGGAUCCGGAGUUUUGAAGAAGCCCGAGGUCUGGACCGAAUUAAUGAGCGGAUGCCACCCCGCAAAGAUAGCCAGUACUUUGAUGGGCCGGUGAAACUGGUCCAGGCCAACGCUACGCACAGGAGCGACAAGGGAAGAAGAGCCAGUAAUGACUCAGAGUCCUGCGGUGGCGCUGGUGGAUCCAAGACCUAAUCGUCCAUGUUAUUUAUUUAUUAUCGGAAAGCUAAACACAAACAACUUAAACAACUUAAACCUGGAGGUGCAUUCAAAAUACACUCUGCAUUUACUCUGUAAGAAACGUGACCCUUUUAUAAAUUCUUUUAAUUUAUGUUUAAUAUAUAUGUAAAAGGCAUCUGUUUUGUUUUUCCUUUUUUCUCCCCCCUCUGAUUUUUAGGAACUGAUCUGAUUGUCUGACACAUAGUGAAGUCGUGUGUUGUAAAGGGGACUGUCCCCAAAUAAAAGGGCCUUGGAAACCUCUUCCCUGGCUUUCUGACUUGAA